AUGGCGAACAUUAGGAGGCAGUUCAAAGAUCCACAGCUCUCGUCGUAUCAGCGCAAGAAGUAUGUCGCCAAACUCAUCUUCGUGUACAUUCUCGGUUACAAAGUCGACGUUGGUCACUUUGAAGCCGCAAAUCUGGUCACGAGCAAUAAAUAUACCGAAAAGCAGAUUGGAUAUCUUGCGAUGACAUUGAUGCUACAUGAACACUCUGAGCUGCUCCUCAUGGUUGUAAACUCGAUCAAGAAGGAUUUGGAGGAGAAUAAUGAAUACAACAACUGCUUGGCUUUACACGCAAUAGCAAAUGUGGGCAGUAAUGAGAUGGCAGAAACACUUGGUCCAUCUGUGCAUCGACUGCUCAUCUCGCCGACAUCACCAAACUUUGUGAAGAAGAAGGCCGCCCUGACGCUACUACGACUAUACCGAAAGUAUCCAGAAGUCCUACCGGCAAGUGACUGGGCUCAGCGGAUCGUCUCGAUAAUGGACGACGAUGAUCUUGGUGUAGUGGUUUCGGUCACAAGUCUGGUGAUGGCAAUGGCACAAGAUCAUCUGGAUGCGUUCUCAUUCUGUUACCAAAAGGCGGUGGACCGUCUCCACAAGCUCGUCAUCGAUCGUGAAUACACAGCUACCUAUGCCUACUACCGUAUACCCUCUCCCUGGCUCCAAGUCAAGCUUUUACGACUCUUACAAUACUAUCCUCCGUCAAUUGAUCCUACUGUGCUCGAUGUCUUGCAAAAGGUUCUCAAAGCAAUUCUCAACAACUCCGUCGAAGUCGCCAGCAACGUUCAGCAAAACAACGCCCAAAAUGCAGUUCUAUUCGAGGCCAUCGGACUUGCUAUCCACCUCGACGCAACAUCUCCCAUAGUCGCUGAUGCGGCAGAGCUCCUCGCACGUUUUAUUAGCUCCAAGGAAACGAACGUCAGAUACCUUGGUCUGGACACAAUGGCGCAUCUUGCUGCACGCGCGGACUCACUAUACUCAAUCAAACAGCAUCAAACCACCAUCAUCAACUCGCUGCGUGAUAAGGACGUAUCAGUUCGGCGACGAGCACUGGAUCUUCUUUACAGUAUGUGCGACACCGACAAUGCCGAGAUCAUUGUCGGGGAGCUAUUGCGCUAUCUUCGAGUCGCAGACUACGGGCUGCGUGAAGAAAUGGUGCUCAAGAUUGCCAUUUCCACUGAGAAAUUCGCUACAUCAUACAAGUGGUAUAUCGACACAAUCCUUCAACUUAUCAGCUCUGCUGGUGACCACGUCGGUGAAGAAGUCUGGUACAGGGUUGUCCAGAUCACAACCAACACGGAGAAUCUUCAGGAGUAUGCAGCACGUGCGAUCUUCGAGCAUCUCCGACAACCUCAGUGUCACGAGUCUCUAGUAAAGAUUGGAGGCUACAUAUUGGGGGAAUAUGGUCACCUGGUGGCAAAUGACCCAGGUCUCAGCCCGAUCGAGCAGUUUCAAGCACUACACACCAAGUCACCGUAUUGCUCAGCACCGACAAGAGCUCUGCUCCUCACGACCUAUAUCAAAUGGGUCAACGUUUUCCCCGAAAUUAAGCAUCACCUCGUCAACGUCUUCGAAAGAUAUCGCUAUGUUUUGGAUGCGGAGCUGCAGCAGCGUGCUUGCGAGUACUAUGCAGUUGCAACCCGCGAGACCGACGACCUCUUGCAGCAAAUGUGUGAAGAGAUGCCACCUUUCCCGCCGCGCGAGUCUACGCUCCUGAAUCGUUUGAAUAAGAAGCACGGUGACACUGAAGAUGGGCGGGUUUGGGUUGUUGGUGGAAAGGAGGUCAACGAAGAACGAGAGAAGGCAAAGCUUCGCAAGAAUACGGCAGACCAAGCUGGAAAUACCGCCGCAAAUGGGAACGCGAGUGGCGAUGUACCAGAUCUCAUGUCACUCGCCGACAUUGACCUGAAUGGCCAAUCGUCCGCCUCUGGCGUCAGUACUGCACCUACUAUCGUAUAUGCACCAAAACCGGUUCUCGACUCCAGUCCAAGCAUCGACAAGUGGUACGAAAAGCUAUGCAUGUCCAACGACGGAAUCCUGUACGAGAACACCUCGAUUCAGAUGGGUAUCAAGUCGGAGUACCACGGUCACCUCGGUCGUAUUGCACUGUAUGUCGGGAACAAAAUGACGGUUCCCCUGACUUCAUUCACUGCGACGGUCACUGGUCAUAAUCCAGAUGCACUCUCCAUCACUUUUGCCAAGAUUCCGUCCAAUACCAUCACAUCCCGAACUCAGGCUCAACACGUCAUUCAUGUCGAGAACAAGAAGCCAUUCGAUGGUUCUCCUGUUCUUAUGAUUUCCUACCUCGCUGGAUCUCUUACGACGAUCAAUAUCCAACUUCCCCUUCUCGUCACCAAAUUUUUCGAGGGCGUUACGCUCAGCCAGACCGAUUUCUUUGAGCGAUGGAAGCUGAUCGGUGGACCACCACGCGAGGCUCAGGUCGUGUUUCCGAUCAACCUGGACGAGUCUGGCAAUGUUGACAUUGCAAAAAACCGCAAGAUCCUACUGGGUCAUGGGUUCUCUCUGCUGAGCGACGUCGACCCGAACCCAAUCAACUUGGUUGGAGCUGGAGUCUUGCAUACAUCGAGUGCAGGCAAAGUGGGAUGUCUGCUACGAGUUGAGCCCAAUAAGGUCGCCAAGUUAUGUCGUUUGACGGUCCGAAGCACUUCGGAAGAAGUCGCAGGGCAAGUACUGGCAGCAUUACAGAAACCUUUGAGCAAGAACUCUGCCCUGUAA